AUGGUAUUCGAAAAUCUCGUUGUGUACCUACUGGACAAAUAUCUGGGAGAUUACAUUGAAAAUCUAGAUACAAAGAAACUUAAAAUUGAUUUAUGGAGCGGAAAUGUGGUCCUCGAAAAUCUUUAUCUAAAAUCUAAUGCACUAGCCGAUCUGAAUCUGCCAGUGACUAUAUCAAUUGGGUACUUACAAAAAUUAACAUUACAAGUUCCAUGGAAGAAUUUAUAUACACAUCCAACAAAAGCAACGAUUGAUGGAUUGUUUUUACUAGUUGUUCCGAAGACAGAGGUGGAAUAUGAUGCGAAACGCGAUGAAAGAGAACAACACGAAGCGAAAAUGAAAGAAGUUCGUAAGGUCGAAGAGCUUCGAAAAGAAAAGGAAGCUGAAAAAAAUGCCAAGGAGACCGAUAAAAAUAACGAUACAUUUGUCGAGAGAAUGCAACUUCAAGUUAUUCGAAAUUUAGAAUUAUCUAUUCGAAAUAUUCAUAUCGUCUAUGAAGAUAAAACAACCAAACCAAAUCAUCCAUUUGCAUUUGGAAUUACUCUCAACUACAUUUCACUUCAUACAACAACACCGGACUGGGAACCCACAAUACUCAAGGAAGAUACACCAUUGAUUCACAAGCUGGGUGAAUUAAGUGCCUUGUCGAUUUAUUGGAAUACAAAUGUGAAAUCGCGUUCUGACUUGCCACGACAAGAGGCGAUUAAUAAUCUACGCGAAAGAAUCGCAAGUGACAAUCAGUUAGUUCCAUCUGAUAUUGCUUACAUUCUUCGCCCAUUGAACGUCAAAGCAAGACUUAUCUUAACAAUGAAACCGCGUCAGGAAGAUUUCAAACGGCCCAUGUUUGAUAUCAAAGUCGAUCUGGACGAAAUUAGUCUGAACAUGAAUCGCGAUCAGUAUUCCGAUAUACUUGAUCUACUGGAAUUGCAAGAUUAUCUGAGCAUUCAGUCGAAAUAUAUAAAAUAUCAUAGAAAGCAGGAACGCGAAGAGAAACCAAGCGUGAAAAGAUGGAAAUUUGCGUAUGAAGCAAUUGUAAAUGAAGAAGUUCGGCCAAGAUUUGAAUGUUACAAAUGGGAAAACAUCAAAGCACAUCUAGACCGCUGCCGGGAGUAUCGCACGAUUCAUUUACAAGAACUAACUGGAAAAUUAACCAAUGAGCAAAAGCAGCGCGCAGAAGAACUGGAAAAGAAACUUGAUGUGUUUAAUUUAACAUACAUUCGUCGGAGUGCGGAAAUCGAAGCGAGAAAGAAGAAAGAACAGGAACCGAAAACAUGGUGGGGAAGUGUAUCGAAUUGGUGGGGUGGAAAUAAACCUCAAGAUGAUCCAGAAUUGGACUUAGAAAAAGUCAUGUCACCAGAAGAGAAAAACAAAUUAUUCGAAGCGAUUGGUUAUGCUGGAGAAGAUACAUCCACAUCAACAUAUCCUGAAGAAUACGUUGAUAUCGAUUUGGCUAUUCGAUUAAAGAUGCUCGACGUUAGCAUUUGGUCGAAAAUUCAAGAAAACGAUGCUCAAUUUCGAGUUAUUGCUCGUGGUGUGAUACCAGAUACUAGUCUAAUGUUUCGUCGUCGACCAGCAACUGACGCAAUCGCUGUAUCGGUAGACUUAGGGUCGUUUCAAGUGUUCGGUAUUUCGACAAAUAUAAGUCAAUCUGAAUUAUUGAACGAGAAUCGACCUGUUCUUGUCCGCCCAUCAGGAUUAUCAACAUCUGAUCAGCACAAGUUCUUACAAGUCGAAUUCGAGACAAAUCCAUUAGACAAGAAAUCCGAUUACCGCGUGAAAGUCGUCUCGCAAUCAUUAGAAAUCAAAUACAAUGCGCCAACGAUUAAUAAAUUAGCCGAAUGUUUCGAACCAGAUAGUUCGCGAAAUCUACAAGGUGUUAAACAAGUUGCAUAUUCAACUUAUACUGAUGUUAAACAUCGAUCGUUCAUAUUAAUGAAACACAAUAUCGAAAAAAUCAAAGUUUUGGAUAUUUAUAUCGAUAUUCAGUCGUCAUAUUUUCUUCUACCAGAAAAUGGAGUUUACCAAGAUGGUGUUGCAGCUAUUUGUAUGGAUUUGGGUCAUCUAACAUUACAACGAGGAACGGACCAAGUUACUGAUGGUCAGAAUCUUCACCAACCAAAAGAUAUUGAAGGUCUUCGUGAAUUGUCGUAUACUCAAUUCAAAUUAAAACUUACUGAUGUUCAACUAAUCUAUGCACAUCGCAAUGAAAGCUGGGAAAAUGCACGUAAAGACAAGAACACUCGUUUACAUUUGAUCAAACCAAUGGAACUCGAAAUGGAUGUAGACAAAUGCAUCUACAGUGAUGAUGCGGUUUUACCUGCAUGGAAAAUGGCUGGAAACAUUCCAGGUGUUGAAUUACGUUUAUCCGAUAAACGUCUCUUUCACAUUAUCAACCAUAUACAAACGAUUCCUUUCCCGGAAUCGAAACAUCCCGUCAAUGAAAUUCCAGCAUUAGAAGCUGAAUCAACAACAGCACAAUCUUUACUGAGUAAUCCUGAGCAGACACUUGAAACAGUUGAAGGAAUGACGCCAGUAAAGAAAAAUUUAGAAAAAGCAGAAGCUGAUGAAAAUAGCGACGAAGAAGUUGUCAAAAAGCCAUUAUCAGAAAGAAAAAGUAAUUCCGAAGGACAAUUGACCCAAUUGGAAGCAACAUUUACACUUGAUAAAAUUGUUCUACAUAUUGAUGAAGCGUUGAACACCACCAACGAAAACGACGAAGGAGAACCAUUUCUUCAUCUCACUCUCGAUUCUAUCAUUGCCAAAACAAAAAUUAAAACAUUCGAUAUGGAAUUUAACGCAUCUUUGGCUGAUUUAGUCGUCUAUCACGAGCAGUUCAUCGGUAAAGAUAAUCAACACUUACGCUUACUCUCUGCACAAUUGAACCAAGACGAAAACGAUCCCAAAGAUAAAAAAUUAGUCAGCUUAAACUUUCGUCAUACAUCUCCGGAGAAUCCAUUAUUUUCCUCGGCAAUGUACAACGGAAUCGAGAAUCAUGCCCAUGUGCAUCUGACUAAACUAGUUGUCACAUUACAACUGGAAGCAUUGUUAUCAAUAUUAAGAUUUCAAGAUGCUUUAUUGAAAAAGCUACCAAAAGAUCUACCGGAAAUCGAAAUGAAGAAGAAAACUGAAGAAGAAGAAUCAAAGAAGGCACAGCAAACAUUGAAAGUACCGGAAGAUAAUCGAACUUUAGGCAGAUCACUUUCGACUUCAGGAAAAGUUGUGAAAAAGAAUGAUGUACCAGUAACACCCACAUUGAAAAUUGAAGCUGACUUGGAAGAAUUUCGAGUGAUAAUUGCAUCAAAAAUGACUCAACUGUUCGAUAUACAAGUUCAAGGUGUCAAAGCUGAUGUGUCUCAAGCACCGGAAAAGAUGUUAAUCAAUUUGAUUCUCUCUGAUCUACGUGUUUUCGACCCUUACGAAGGUGCUCGAUUCCGAAAAAUUAUCUCCCAACAAGGCACUGACAAAGAUUUACUUCGUGUUGACUUAUGUUUAUUCAAUUAUCCGGAAGGUUACACAAAACCGUUAGAUGUCGUCGACUGUCAAGUGAAAGUAGACUUUGCCAAAGCAAAUCUGAUUUUUCUCUUCAAACAUAUCGAUGCGAUUCUGACUUUCCUCGAUUCUUUGAAUAUAACGAAAGCUGCAUUAGAUUUGGCAUCGACUCAAGCAGAUGCUGCUUAUGAACAAGUACAAAAACUACAAGAACAAGCUUUUAAAGUUCAUUUGGACAUCACAUUCAAUGCUCCGAACAUAAUCAUUCCAACAAAUUCAUAUUCAGACGAAGCACUGCUGUUUGAUUUGGGUAAAUUAACAAUGAAAACGCGUUUUUUCGAUGAUCCGAAACGAUCACUUAUUGAACAACAAAAUAUUCGACUGGAAAACGUGUUGGCAAGUCGAGUAAAACUUAAUCGAGAGAAUACUAUUCUCGGAGAGAUUACUUUACUCGAAUGUGCGGAAUUGAAUGCACUAAUCAACCGGUUACUUUACCCAGAAAAAAUCCGAACGGAACCCGGAGUUACGAUCAAAGCUGAAUGGGAAUAUAUUCACUUUCGAUUAGCCAAAGGUGAUUAUUCAUGUGUGAUGAAAGUUUUAAUGGAAAACUUUACGGAAAAUAUUCGAGAUCAAAUAGCGGAAAGUGCUCAAUUGGAACAGUAUCAUUACCGACAAGAAGAACAGGAAAAAGAGGAAGACGCAUUACGAAAUGCUGUGAUUAAGAGACAACAGGACGCACACGGAGAUGAAGUGUUGCAAACAGUGAAAAUUCGAGCAGAAAUUAAGAAAAUGGCUUUGACGCUUUACUUGGGUGAAGCAAAUUUCACUGUUCGUCGCGCUCCACGUGAUGAAAAUCUAAAAUUGGCUAAUGUUCAAAUCGAAUUACUCGAAGCAUUAUUUCGUCAGCAAACAGAUGCAAGUUACAAAGCAAUGGUUCGCGUGAAGAACUUUCUUCUUGAUGAUCUCCGUGAAACCAAUCGAUCAACCAGUGUCACACGCAUGAUGGAUCGGCAUUUUACUGUCGAUCCCAAUGCACAUAUGCUUAUUGCUUCAUUCGAAUUCAAACCAAAAUCACCAACAAAUCCAUUAGCACUUCGACAACUGAGCGCACAACUUGAAAGUCUUUAUAUUUGUAUCAGUUUGGAUUAUCUGAUGACGCUACAAGAUUUCUUUAUUUCUGGUUUACCUACUGGUGGUAAUGAAGCAAGAUCUCGUGCAACAACGACGACAUCCGAAGACAAUGAUGCGAAACCAGACAACGAUAAAAAUAGAUUAACUGUUGAUCAGCGAGCAGCUCGGCCAUCAAUUGCAUUGCCAAGAACUCCGACACCGUCGAAAUCUACGCCGCCGUCAUUCCCAUCAACCCCAUCAAAUGCUGACACAGAAGUCGAAACACGUAUUGAUGUCAUUGUCAAGCAUCCUGAAGUGAUCCUACUUGAAGAUCAACAUAACUCUAAUUCGAAUUGUCUCGUACUUGAUGUUGCAUUACAAAUGCGUAUGAUCAGUGUUGGCGAUGAUACGAAAUUAUACCUUUGGUUAAAAGAUUUAACGGUCUACAGCUCGAACUUUACCGAAUUAAGAGAUUCGAAGGAUUCGGGCUCAAAGAUCAAAUAUCGCAUUUUACAACCUGCCAAAGCCGAUGUAAUCAUGAUCAUGGACCGAGAACAACAGAAAAUUGAUGUACGAAUCUCUGAUAUUAUUGUUAGCAUUGCACCGGCUGCAGUUAAAACAUUAAUUGCUGUCACAAGUUCAUUGGGAACACUGCAGACAACUGUUCUCGAAGAAAAAGAAAAAGUGAAUUCCAAAUCUUUGUUCAGUCCUAAACCAUUUAAAGAUGCUGGCUUUUGGUUCACGAAAGAUUUCGAAGAGAAAGAAGGACUAUUAGAAACAACAGAUAUAUUAGAAACAGUCACAGGGACACCAUCCAUACAAAAAGCAGUCAAAGAAGAAGAGAACAAAUUGAUCGAGAAAGAAGAAAAAGCCGAAACUCAAACUCUUCAAAUUCAACAGUUAAUUCUAACACUGGAAACCAUCGAAUUGAAACUUGAAGUUGGUCUUGGUUCAAUAACCAAAUCCGUCGUUGCCAUGUGUUUAUCAAAUUUAACAGCUGAUGUUAAAAACUGGGGAACUGAUUUGAGUCUUUCAGCGACUGUCAACGUCGAAGCCGCAUUAUUCAACGAACGUAUGCUUUCGUGGGAACCUUUAAUUGAACCAACAAUUGAUUCAAAUGGUUCCAUCCUUUCACCAUGGUGUCUCAUUUGUUCGAUUGUACCGAUAUUAGCACCAACGGAUCGACGUGAAUCUAUUGUGUCGAAUGCAUCCGAGCGAAAAGAAGAACAUCCAUCAGCGAAUUCGAAACAGAUUAUUUUCAUUCGUGCUGAACAGCUACUGAAUAUAACAUUAACAAAGACAGGACUCGAUUUAGCUCAACGCUUAUCAGCUUUAUUCGAUGAUGUGUAUAAUAAACGAUUACCGUUUACCGAGGAUGACAAUCAACCAAUGCUGUCAUUGUAUAAUGCAACAGGAAAAGAUUUGUUAAUUGAUGGUUUGGAUGGACUCGAGUUUGAUACAAAGACGUCAGUUAUAUCAUUGGAUCUCAAAGCUAAUGAUUCGGUUCCAUUAGUUGUACCAAAUGAUCGUCAAUCCGCUGCGCGACUUUCAGUUAUCGAAGAACAAGAUUUUAAACGCCGUCAAGAAUUUUCUGUUCAAAUUGGAAAUAUUACGAAAACUGUCAGUAUCAAUCGAACGUGGAAACGCGUAUAUGAGUUAGGCCCAUCAGCCAACCCACAUUGGCCGGUUCAAAUACUUUGCGAUACUCAAGUACAAAAUGAUCGUCGGCGUGUUAUUCUCAGUUCAAUCGUCAAAAUUUAUAACAAUACUACAAUGCCAUUGGUGAUUCUUGAUAGUGAUUCGAUUGAAACUGACGUUCAUCAUCGAUUGGCAACAGUUGGUGUGAAUGAUGAGUAUUAUGCUCCGAUUGAUAUUAUUUAUCGACACGCGAGUUCACCGAUUUUCAUUUCGGUUGAAGAAAACGAUAGUAAUGACAAAUUUUACGAUUUUAUUUCAUUCGAUUGGGAAAAGGAAUUUCUAUCGGAAAGAAAACUUAAGUUGAAAAAUGGCAAAAACGCUCAUUUUGUGAUCUUUAAAGAAGUAACCGAAGCCUACUCGGAAAACACCGAUCAGCUCGAUCGUCAAACAUUUAGUUUACACAUCCACCCUGCACUUCAUCUAACCAAUCUUUUACCAGUUGAAAUCCAAUGUUCAAUCGAUGAUGUCGAACAAAUCGAUUUGAAGCCAAGUGAGUUGAGUCUGAUCACAGCGGGAAAUAAACAAUCGAUAUUGACUUUCACGGUCCCUUCGUAUAAUAAUCUUAAAUGGAUAUCGGAGCCAGUUGAUUUGAAAAUUGAAGGCAAAGGUGAUCAUAAUGAACAUUUAGUCAUCUUUCAUAAUUCAACAGCGAAUUCGCAACAAACUUUGAAAAUGGUUUUACGUAUCGAUACAUAUCAUGAAUCGUACCGUCUAUUAUUGUAUUCACCAUUUUGGAUUCUCAAUCGUACGGAAUUGUCUUUGGAAUUUCAAAUUGAAAAUAACCGUACUUUUCUCGAAGCAACUCACACACCGUUUUUAGUCUGCCCAGAUAAGUUUGAUAGCGAAGCGAACCGAAAAGGCCAACUUCGACUUUACAGUGCUGAACAAGGCGAUAAUACGACCAGUUGGUCGGAGAAAUUCUCAUUAGAUGUGAUUAAAAGUACUGGUAUGGCAUCAUGUAAAGUCCCAAAUGAUCGAGUCUAUAUGGUUUGCGUGGAUAUUGUGACUUGUUCAUUUGGUUUAACAAAAAUUGUCACUUUAUCACCAUCAGUCGUUAUAAUUAACAAUUCAUCGAUUGAAGUGGAAGUUGUCGAAACAGUGUCCGACAAAGAACAGGAUAAGUGGGGACCAGUUAACUCUGAACAAAUAAUUCCAUUUUGGCCACACAAUAUCGAAGCUGGUGUGAUGCGUGUUCGUUAUACACAUAAUCGCGUAACAUCGAGUCCAUUUAUGAUGAAUCAAAAGCAUCGAACUUUGUUACGUAUGAAUGAUGAAGAGCGUCCAGCAAUUUAUGUUGAAGUCACAGCAACCGAUUUCGAUGGUAUUCGAGUGAUUUUUGGUGACUAUAAGAUCGGCGAUGCCCCACUCCUUGUGGUUAAUUGUUUGAGAAACGAUCCAGUAUCGUUUUGUCAAGCGGACGAUGUACGAGCACAAGUCUUACCACCACAAAAUUAUGUUUACUACACAUGGUCGGAUCCUUUGAAACCAAGACAAUUAGUUGUUUCAUGCGGUUCAAAAACAACACAAAUGGAAUUGAAUCCUCAAUGUGGCUUUCUCGGCAAAGACGGUGAUCAUAAUGUUAGUUAUACAACGUUUAUCGAUGGUGUUCAAACUGUUCUACUCUUUUCGGAUGAUACAAAAGUCAUUGAAGCAGCUUCUGGCAUGCCAUCAUUAGCUGAAUCGAUGGGUCAACGUGUUCAGAUCGGUAUUCAUAAUAUAGGCCUUUCAAUUGUCAAUGAUAUAACCCGAGAGGAGUUGCUUUAUGUAAGUCUAAGUAAAUCCAAAGUUGUGUGGACGGAAACAAAAAAAUCUCGCGUUCGACCACUGUCACACGAGGUCAACGCACAUCUCGAAGAACUUUAUAAAACUCACGUUGAACAACAUGAAGCGAAUCCAGAUGACAAACAACUUGUCAGAAAAACAUAUCAUAUGGACCAAUUUCGGGUAUAUUCUUUCAUCUUCAUCUCGAAUCUCAUCGUUUUUGCUUUCGAUACAGCUGAAUUAAUCAGUUCCAAAGGUCAGCGAAAAGUAGCCAAACGACAAGCAUUAGAUGGUCUUUGGAUUGAAUAUGCUUGGUCGGUCACGAGUGCUGCUUUACAUAUUCGUAUAAAUCGUGUUCAAAUUGAUAAUCAACUUGAUUAUACAAUGUUUCCUGUUGUUCUUUAUCCGGUGAUUUCGAAAGCAACAGGAACUGAUCAUGCGGAAAAACCUUUCAUCGAACUAAGUGUUUUGGAAUCGAAAACAAGUCGAUCGACUGUUAUGCAAUUCAAAUAUUUCAAAUUACUCGUUCAAGAAUUUGCCGUCAAAAUUGAUCAAGGUUUAAUUGUCGCAAUUCUAGCAUUUUUACGAGCAGAAAAGAGUGCCGCAGCACCAACCAUCAACAUGGACACAGAUUUAGAACAAAUUCAAAAACCACUCAAUGCAAUCAUCAAAGCACAAACAGAGAGUCCGUCUGGUGAUACAGAAAUGUAUUUUGAUAACAUUCAUCUUUCACCGUUGAAAAUUCAUGUUAGUUUUUCAAUGCACGGAUCAAAAGCAAGUGAAGAACUUUUAGCAGAAUAUCCAUUAGUGGCAUUUUUAUUACAAACAUUGAAUGUUGCUGAAGUACAAGAUGUCAUUUUACGUUUGGGAUAUUAUGAACGAACACAGGAUCGUUUUACAGUGACAAAAUUAACUAACGAAGUUACAUCUCAUUAUCAAAAUCAAUUUAUGAAACAACUUCAUGUUCUUGUUCUUGGUCUCGAUGUGUUGGGCAAUCCAUUCGGUGUUAUUCGAGGUUUAGCUGAAGGUGUUGAAUCAUUCUUCUAUGAACCUUACAAAGGUGCAAUUGAAGGUCCCAUGGAAUUCGCUGAAGGUGUGGCAACAGGUGUUCGAACAUUAGUUGGUUCGGCUGUAGGCGGUGCUGCGGGUGCGUUUUCGAAAAUUACUGGUGUUCUUGGCAAAGGUUUAGCUACAUUAACAUUCGAUGAAGACUAUAAAAUAUCUCGAAUCAGACGCAAAGAACCAGCCACACACGCUACAACUGACAUUGCUGUUGGUGGAAAAAAUGUGGUUAUGGGGUUUGUCGAUGGUGUUACGGGUGUUGUAACUAAACCAGUUUCAGGUGCAAAAGAAGGUGGUGCAUCUGGAUUUGUCAAAGGUUUAGGCAAAGGUUUUCUUGGUCUUGUUACACGACCAACUGGUGGAAUCGUCGACUUUGCCAGCACUUCAUUAGAUAUUAUCAAACGAGCUGCACAACAAGAAGAAGUAGUCCGCCGUGUUCGUUAUCCACGCCAUGUGGGUCGUGAUGGACUCGUUCGACCAUAUAUUUCGCAUGAAGCUAUGGGAUUCUAUAUUCUAAACAGAUUACACGAUGGAAAAUAUGCGAAAACCGAUACUUAUGUGGCGCAUAUAACUUGCUCGGAAAGUCCGCCAUCCUGGUUGUUAGCUACAUCAAAACGUUUAUUGUUUGUAACGGAAAUUUCCUUUCUUGGUUUAUAUGAAGUUGAUUGGCAUAUCGAAUAUGAAGAAUUAAAAGAAGAACCUGUUGUGAAACCAAAUUUGAAUCAAAUUCAAAUUCUUACUAAAGAACCAAAGAAAACAGGAACACUAAAAUCUACUCGUUCGUUUGGUAAAAUGGUCAAAUAUCGUAACAUAUCUGAAGCUCGAUUCAUCGUAGAUAAAAUAACCAAUGCAAUGCAUACAGUUGGCCUAUAA